CGAGCUAGUUACGAAUGAGCGCUCGUCGGGCGUGCGUCGUUGCGACGUCGGUCGAUAAUGCGUGAUCCUCGUGAUCGUCGAGCAGCCGUCCGAUCUUGAGAUUGGUGUUCGAGCGAUACGUACAUAUAUCCGCCACGGAGCACGCGUAAACAAGAACGUAUGCGAACAUACAUACAGCUUUUUUCCAUAUUUCUUCACCGUCGCCCCGUCGCUGUGUAUUACUCUCGUAGUGUUUACUGCGUCGCAUGGUGUUGUAAAGUGCGUGCGCUUAGUAAUCGUUCUCGCGAGUGCCUCGCCAGCAUCGCCGGCCGUUACUAUCCACACUUUUUCCCCUGUUGAUAUUUUCAUCAGCCACUGGACGCAGAUCACCGGGAAGGGAAGGGAAGGGAAGGGAAGCGAGGAGAGGAGAGGAGAGGAGAGGAGAGGUGCUGUUACCCAAAAAGAUUUACGCGAGAGCGUCGCACGUUCGCAGGUUUAUCGCGAUCGAUAAUUUAUCGGUUGAACCAUCGUCCCGUUUAUCGUCUCCGUCCGUUUACUGUCUGUUUGAUUCAGCGUGGAAGAGAGCGAAGGGGGAGGUGGUCGAAUGAAACGCGAGACAAGUUGGAGAUUGAAACGUGUUCGUGUCGGAAGACUCGUUUUUACGCGGAUUGAAAUCACAGUUGCAUCGAGUGCAGUGUAGUUUCGGGUGACUAUUAAAAGUGAAGUGCCGAGAAGAAAUUUGAUAGAAAUCUCGGCCCGAAAAUGGUGCCGCAACAACAAGACAGCCCAUCCAGUUCGGGAAUUCCCAUGUUUGGGUCGUUGCUUGUGGAUAAAAAUUCGUUGACGCCGUAUUCGGAUGCCACUCAGACGAAGAAGAAUAAUCCGAAUCACAUAAAGAGGCCGAUGAACGCGUUCAUGGUUUGGUCUCAGAUCGAGCGACGAAAGAUUUGCGAGAUUCAGCCGGACAUGCACAACGCGGAGAUUAGCAAGCGUUUGGGAAGACGGUGGAAAACGUUGGACGAAGCGGAGAGGAGGCCGUUUAUCGAGGAAGCCGAAAGACUGAGGCAGUUGCACAUGGUGGAGUAUCCGGAUUACAAGUACAGGCCGCGAAAAAAGACGUCGAAACCGAUGGCAGCGGCGACAGCGACGGCGACGGCGACGGCGUCUGUGAGCCCAAAAUCGAAGGAGGGUGGCAGCGUAAAGAAGCCGAGGAAAUCGUCGUCGUUGGGAUCAGGACCGAGUAGCAGGAGUCACGCGCGCAACGACACCAACAACAAUAUGCAUACGACGAGCGUGGUUGGUGCGGGGGUGAAGAGGCUGCACGCACAUGCCAAACCUGUAUCGCGUUUGAAGGUCAGAUUGGCGCUCGAUAAGAGACCUCCGCUCGAUUACACUCCCACUCCUCCGAUCGUUACCGCCAAGAUACCGAGCAGUCCUUCCUGCGUCACGCCUGAUUCCCCGGAAUCGGCCAGCUUUUACGAGGACAAUUUCCUCGAGUGUGGCUCGAACGCUCGUCUCGCCUCUGGUUCUACCGGCAGCGUGCUUUCCACCGCCACCGCCACGGUCACGUCUCCCUCUUCGAUGAGAACUGUCGGGAAAAUUAAACGAGAAACCAGCCUGGAAAUGGAUUACGAGACAACGUUCGAGCCCAAGGAUCGACUUCUCUCCUCGGUUGCCUCAAAUUCUGCCAGUGGCAACGCUACCGUUACCUUUUCCACCUCUGUUGACGGAGAUAUGUCCAAUUUGCUCUCGAGCAAGAGUUUCCGCUCGCGACUUCACCUCGCACGCCGCGGCGGCGUAAGCAGCGCAAACAGUAGCAGCAGCAGUAGUAGUAACAGCAGCAGCAUUUUAGUAAAGGAAGAACCACCGAGCACGAGCUCGGACGCGUUGGAUACGGAAAUGGAUACAACCACGGAUGUGACGACCGCGGCCUCCUCUUCUCCUUCGCUUUUGACAUCUACGAAUACCGCCGCCGUAACAGCCUCGAACAACAGCAGUAGUAGCAAUAACAACAGCAUGGCGACGAUAGGAGGCGAUACGCUUUCAAACGGUGGGUCGCUUGACGACGAUACCGGAACUACUAUAGCCGCUACGGUCGUGAAGCUCGAGGAACCAUCCAACAACCCGAGUUUGGCGGAUCUGUACUCGUUGACCGAUCUCUUGCAAAUACAGCCGUCGGACUUUAAGAUCGAUCUCGACAUGGAAACGAUAACCACCGACCUGGAUUCCUUCGAAACUGCCAGUUCCAGCAGCGGAUCGCACUUUGAAUUUUCUUGUACACCCGACGUUACGGACAUGUUGUCUACCAUUGGUGUAGGAAACGACUGGGUCAGCUUUUGAGAGAACGACCAACGGCGGAGAUUUACGCGCGCGCUUUCUUUUUCUGGAUAAAUGUCGGUAAACCGGAAUGUUGGCUUCUUCUUUCAUCUCCCUUUCGUUACAUCUCCGUGAAAAACUCGAACGUUUAGCGGCGAGUGUGCUAAUCGG